CGUUUCUCGUAGUCUUUGCUGUUUCUUCCUGCUCUGACGCUGGACUGUGGUCCUUAUGAAACUAAAACAACGACGAUGACAAGGCCGCUACUUCUGUAUAAGUGUUCGCAUAGGGGAGUUGUAGGAAAUCUUAAAAACACAUAUUAGAGCAGAUAACCGCGUUGGUAGUGAGGUGACAAAACGAUACAUCCCCGCCUGAAGUAGUCAGCCGCGGCAUGUCGCUGAGCUCAGGCGGGUGGACUCACACACCUCCGCCACCGGCCCAGCCUCAUCUCGGCCAUGAGGCCUCGCAGUCGGGUUGCAACACUGUUUUGAUGUCGGUAAAGGUGUCAGUAUGCCACUCUGGUAUACGACCACUUUGUCUCCCGGGCGCUGGAAACGAAUCUCUCCGUCUUCAGCUAAGCAUGGACCCGGGGAAGGCAGGGGAAUUCCGCCUCGCGUUACGGGACAUCAGCGGAUCAGCUGCUGGACGUAGUGUGUCCAUUGCUGAGUUUGACCUCAAGACUGUUCGCUAUGAAGUCAAGUCACCACAGUGCCAUGAACUGAGUUUGGCUGCACCUCCACACGAUAAGAUUACAUUCAACUUCCGCUGUGAACAGGAAGCACAAGAAUGGGCCACUGUGGUAAUGUCAUCGCUCCGCGAAGCUCAUAGAGUGGCGAUUAGCUCCCCUCCUGAGGAUGGACAAGUGCUUCCUCAGGCUCUGGAUUUAAAGAGCACUGCACCUGUGCAACGUACAGAGGAGAUAUGUGCAGAGCUGGUUAGUGCUAUAGAGGCGGGUGAUGUUCGGGCAGCAUCCGUUUAUGCAUCGUCCUUGGCUAAACAAAAAGCUGCUUUGUGCAUUAAACCCUCUAAACAAAAUUACACUGACAUAGAAAUUGGCCUGGCUGUAGUUGUGGAGGACGCUUCCUCUUCCUGUUGUGUCACAGUGAAAGUCUUCCCUCACUCCACCAUUGGUGCUCUCAAACAGCAAGUCUUCACAGAUUAUGGUUUUCAUCCACGUGUUCAACGUUGGGUCAUCGGUCAGUCCUUGUGCUCUGAUCAUCGGUCCCUGGCGUCUUAUGGAGUUCAGCGAGAUGGCGAAACUGCGUUCCUCUAUCUGAUUUCUGCCAGUCAGGCUCGUCUCAGUCGAGGAAUAUACCAACAAGAUCAAGAGACUGCUUUACUCAUGCCAACAUCUAACCAGUCCUACCAAGAACCAUCUACCAAUGGGCCGGCGGCUCUGAAUGCAGCAUCAAGGCCAUACAGCACCCUGCCCACAAGACUGCACAACAGCCAUAAUAGCAACAAUGCUGGUGGGACAGAGAGGUUGGGUUUGGGUGAAAUCCGUGACUUGAUCAACCUUGAGAUGCCACAGCUGAAAGAAGCAAUGGCGCCCAACCGAACAAAUACACAGUUGGGAUGGGCCUGCCCGAGCUGUACAUACAUUAAUAAACCAACACGGCCAGGCUGUGAAAUGUGUAGCGCAGACAGACCCGAAAGCUACACUGUUCCCGGUAACUACAGACCAGAUGCUCUGGAGCUACGACGGAUUCAGCAAGAAAAAGAAGCAAUCAGACAGUACCAACAGGCCAGAGAAGCAGAGCGCAGGGAGAACUUUGCACGUCUGGUACAAAUUGAUGGACAGGAUCUGGUUCCUAACCCAGAGAGGGUGGAGUGCAGGAUCUGCUACGUGGAGCUUGAAUCUGGAGAAGGAGUCCUGCUCCGAGAAUGCCUUCACUGUUUCUGCAGAGAGUGUCUGCGCUCUGUGAUUCUGAUGUCUGAGGAUCCUCAGGUGGCAUGCCCAUACAGAGACGAUGCCUAUGCUUGUGACUGCAUCCUGCAAGAGAGAGAAAUCAGAGCUCUGGUAUCAGUAGAAGAUUAUGAGCGCUGGCUCCAGAGAGGUCUGUCUGUGGCAGAGUCUCGAUGUGAGGGAAGCUAUCACUGUGCAACUGCUGACUGUCCAGGCUGGUGUGUUUAUGAAGAUACUGUCAACUCUUUCCAUUGCCCAGUCUGCAAAAAACACAACUGCCUGCUCUGCAAGGCCAUUCAUGAAGGAAUGAACUGUAAGCAGUAUCAGGACGACAUAGCAGCCCGUGCCAUCAAUGACUCUGCAGCUCGAAGAACCAGAGAUCUGCUAAAGACUCUUGUUAACUCUGGAGAGGCGAUGCAUUGUCCCCAGUGCGGCAUUAUUGUGCAGAAAAAGGAGGGCUGUGAUUGGCUCCGAUGUACUGUCUGCCACACUGAGAUCUGCUGGGUCACCAGAGGGCCACGCUGGGGACCUAAAGGUCCUGGAGACACAAGUGGAGGCUGCCGCUGUAAUGUUAACAAACAGAGAUGCCACCCAAAAUGCCAGAAUUGUCAUUAAGCGAGGGAGAGAGAGAGAGACAGGAAGAAGAACAAAGGGCAAGAAUACAGAACGAGAGACAGGCAAAAUGAGGUGAGAGAGAGAUACAGAUUAGUGAAAUCCUUGGAUACUAUAUGGACACCAUGAAAACUGUUGACAUAAGACAUACACCUUUAGAGUCAUGUUACUACCAGAAUCUUCAGUUUCUGACACUCUUAAGGAAGUUAAGAGCACAGCUUCGACGUAUUUUAGGAUUUCUGAGCAGCAAUGUGUAGUUCUGUUGUAAAACAAAUGUAGGAGUGGUGCUAUUUAUGUCAAUAGGUAAUUAAACAAAUGUAGGCACCAAGGGGGCAUCCAGAUUAAAACUAACAUGGACCCCUUCUAUUGGACAACUACGGUACUUUACUCUAGUCCUCAUGCUAAUGUGUAGCUUUCUACUGCAAUUAUUGUAAUGGUCACAGAAAUGCUUUAAAUUCUUCUCAACUUUAUGUUAAUCAAAUAUUACUUCAUGAGCAGCUGAAUCUUUAAAAAUAGUUUAUUUAGGAUAAGCUGACAAGCGUUACGUUUGAGUUUGUGGUUGCCAAGCAUCAAUAUGUUUAUACAGCUACAAAAUGAAAAUUAUUCAUUGUAAGUGUUGCAACUUUAUUUUAAAGAAUUGUUCAACCACCUUUAUAAUUUACUCACCCUCAUGCUAUCACAAAUUUGUAUGACUGACUUUUUUCAGCUAAACACAAUUAUCACUUUAAUAGCUGUUAUGAUUUUUCGUCAUGAGGGUAACUAAAUUAUGAGAACUGUCAAUUUUGGGUGAACUGUUCCUUUAAGGUAAGAUCUUUACUUGGAGGGGUCUUGAAUUGUUGAUGUCAAUUUCUAAAGAAUCAAUCUUUUGAACGGGUUUUUCCGAACCAAAAGCGGCAUUGUUACAAACAGUAUUAUUUAAUAAAAAAUGUGUUUUAUUACAAAAUUGAAACUAGGAAAUUUUAAAUAGUGCUGACUCUAAAACUUUUUUUUGUGAACCGAUUCAUUGAACUGAAAGGCGCCAAAACAAGAAUGAUCCCAGCAUGACAAAAAUAAAGCCAAAGGUAAUCUGAGGCUGUGGAUGAUAGUUUAAAGCAAGGGAGAGUCUUAAUGCACUUAGGCAAAUACUCAUGUAUUAGACUUGUCUUACUGUUAAAAAAGCUAUAUAACACUGUUACUGUAAAAGUGCCUUUUCUUGACUUCUGUGAUUUUACCACUAACAUUAGCAUUAGUGGAGUGUUAUUAUGUUUUUAUUCAUAUAUAUGUUGCUGUUGUUGUAGAUGCAUGUGAUCCUGAAUAACUUACUGUACUGUCCAGUGCUUCCCUUAAGAACCACAUUUUGCACUUUUGUUCAGUAUGACUAACACAUUUCAGUACAUUAGUGCUUUAAAAUUGUAUUAAUUUGUUGUUUGUUGGAAGUGUUGAUAUGCAGCCUAGACAUUUUUUGUAUUGUUGAUUAAUGUUACAUUGUAAUGCUAUAAUUUAAUGGUCAGGGGCCUGAGGGUUGUGUGUUCGUUCUGGAAGACUGUUAUAAACCAAAAGAUUAUUUUUCACAGGCUUUAAAUCUAUGCACUGUUUUAAAUAUCAUCACCCAAAGAAUUUACUUAUGCCAUCAAAAAGAAAAUAUUUGAAGAAUGGUAUUUUUGCUAUGUUACACAGAAGACAUUAUUUGUGUAAAGGUGUGUAAUUUUACCUUUGUAUUUUGGGGAUUUUAAAGUGUUUGUGUGUAUGUUGUUUCUGAGAAUCCAGUGAGAUAUCAGGUGUAAAUUGCACAGGUCACAAGGUUAGACUGAUAUUACCUUCACAAUUAUUUAAAUACAUGCACUAUAAAGCUCACGAAGUAGAGAGUAGGCUACCUGCGUUUUCAUUAAAAAGGGAAAUAAAUAUAAAAUGUAAAGGUCCCUGCGCCUGCAGAAAUCUUACUAGAAUAAUCUGACCUCAGGGUUAAGUCUUAAGUGUGCCUUUUAGAUUUCACUAUCGAGUACAGUUUGUUUAAAUAUUUAAAACAGCUAAAAUAUUCUGUGUAUUAAAGAUAUGUACUAAUUUUA